AUGGUGGCCCAACUCUUCCCACCCCGCCAUGUCUACUUCCCCUCCACCCCCUCCCACACCUCCACCGUCAUCCUCCUGCACGACACCAACAGCACAGGCGCCGAGCUAGCCGCCGCGCUGGCCGCCUCAACAACAGCAACAGCGACAGCUGAAAAAUCUAUCUUCGAGCAUUUCCCCUCCUGCCGCUGGGUGUUUCCCUCUGCUCAGCCCCGCCAGAUAGAUACCUGCCACGCAAGCAGGGGGGAUUGGAUCGACGCCCACAUCGACUUCAACACUGAUGCGAAAGAAGACGCAAGCGCAGAUUCUCCUCAACAAACACAGGCACAAGCACAGCCCUCCACAGAAGCCACAGACGACGACACAAACGAAAACAGAGACCAAAACCUAAAAACCUGCGUAGAGUACAUCCUGCAAAUAGUAGAGGAGGAAGUCGGCCGGCUGGGCGGGGACAGUCGCCGCGUGGUGCUGGGUGGGUUCGGGCAGGGGAUGGCCGUUGCGGCUGCUGCAUUACUCGCUGCGCGGAGACGAUUGGGUGGGUUCGUGGGGGUGAACGGGUGGGUUCCUUUCGCGGAGGGGAUCGAGGGAUUAGGUGGCCGGGGCCGGGGCUGGCUUGCUGAAGAUGAGGCGAGGAUGGGAGGGUUAGAGGGUUCGUCGGGAGCUGACGGAGUGGAGGUGGAUUCUGAGGCUGGGGAGGCGUUGCUGGAGACUCCGGUUCUUCUGAGCUAUCUGGAGGAUAAUCCGUGCUCGGAUAUUCGAAAGGGGUUGACAGCCUGCGAGACAUUAAAUCGCUUGGGGUUUGCCAAGGUGGUUUGGGAUGCUCGUCCUGGUUCACAGCAAGGUGAGAUUUGGCUCUUACGUUCAAGCCAGUUAGACACAAUUGUGGGUUUCCUGGCAGAGGUGUUUGGUCAUGAGGGACAGCAUCCCUGCUCAUGA